UACGACUUCUCUCCUGCGAAGAUUUUAUUUUUCCAAAACAACUCCCGACUUUCCCAAUUAACCCCUGCAAAGAUAAAAAUUAUGUUUGUUUGUUUCGUUUUUGGGGGAAUUGUUGCGUCGUGGUGCAUCAUCAUCAAUCCCAAGCGAAGAAGAAGCUAUUAAUUUGUUCGGGUGUUGUUUUUGGAAAAUUCAAUUUUUGUUUUUAUUUCAAUUUCACACAGAAUUUUGCAUUACGCCAAAAAAAAAGUCGCCCUCUCCAAAGUGAACCAAAGUGCAAACGAACCGAGAGUGAAGGUGUAAUAAAUUUACAACGUUUGUGUUUGUCAGCCAGACAACAAGAAAAGAAAAAAACAGAUAAAUCAAAAUCUGCCUGAAGAUGGUCGUUUGGAAUGCGACUCGUCGCAAUGUUCGAAUCCUUCUUGUGGGGGAUCCGGGCGUUGGCAAAACCUCACUGAUUCUAUCAUUGGUCAGUGAGGAAUUUCCCGAAGAUGUGCCCGCCAAAGCUGAAGAGAUUACAAUUCCUGCUAAUGUUACACCUGAGCAAGUUCCAACUAAUAUUGUGGAUUAUUCAAAUAUCGAACAAACAGACGAGGUUCUCUCGGAGGAAAUACAAAAAGCUCAUGUUGUUUGCAUUGUGUAUGCAGUCGAUGACGAUGAGACGCUGGAUCGUAUCACAUCGCAUUGGUUACCAUUUAUUCGCAAUUCAUGCAAUGUAAGUGAGAAGGAGCCACAGGCAUUAAAGAAACCAGUUGUGUUGGUUGGAAAUAAAGUCGAUUUGGUGGAAUACUCGACAAUUGAUAGUGUUCUUACAAUAAUGGAAGACUUUCCGGAAGUAGAAAGCUGUGUGGAAUGUUCGGCUAAGACUUUACACAACAUUUCAGAAAUGUUUUAUUACGCACAAAAAGCAGUAUUGCAUCCAACAUCACCACUUUAUAUAAUGGAAGAGCAAGAUUUAACACCAGCGUGCAAAAAGUCAUUAGUGCGAAUUUUUAAAAUAUGCGACAUUGACGGUGACAAUUUGUUAAACGACUACGAACUUAAUUUAUUCCAAAGACGAUGCUUCAACACCCCCCUCCAGCCACAAAUUCUUGACGAAGUGAAAGCCGUCAUUUUAAAAAAUAUACCAGAUGGAAUAUUUAAUGAUGCGGUAACCCUGAAAGGUUUCCUAUUCCUACACUGCCUGUUCGUACAGAGAGGACGCAAUGAAACCACAUGGGCGGUAUUGCGUCGAUUUGGUUACAGCGAAAAUUUGGAAAUGUGCAAAGAAUAUCUCCAGCCACCCAUUAAAAUACCUCCCGGCAGCAGUACAGAGCUUUCACAUCGUGGACAACAGUUUUUAAUUGCCCUAUUUGAGAGAUAUGACAAAGAUGGUGAUGGCGCAUUAUCGCCCGACGAGCACAAGAUGGUCUUUAGUACGUGUCCUUCGGCUCCAUGGUCUUAUUCAACAGAUAUUCGCAAGUCGUGUCCAGUGAAUGAUAGAGGCUGGGUAACACUGCAUGGCUGGCUAUGCCGCUGGACACUCAUGACUCUGAUUGAUCUGCCAAAAACACUAGAGUACUUGGGCUAUUUGGGUUUUAAUGUCCAUGAAAAUGAAUCACAAUUGGCUGCGAUUCAUGUGACACGAGAGCGACGAAUUGAUUUGGCCAAGAGACAGAGUAGCAGGUCGGUAUACAUGUGUCAUGUAAUCGGUCCAAAAGGAGCUGGCAAAACGGGUCUGUGCCGAGGCCUGCUUGUGGAAGAUAUGAAAAAUUUAAUUGGAAAAGAUUUCAAAACAAACAUUGUGUAUUGUGUGAAUACAGUUCAAGUGUACGGACAGGAAAAGCACCUUAUUUUGAGAGACAUUGAAGUGAAACAAGUUCUCGAUCCACUGCAACCGCAAGAAGUAAAUUGUGAUGUCGCUUGUUUAGUAUAUGAUACCUCAAAUCCACGUUCCUUUGAAUAUGUGGCCCGAAUCUAUAUCAAAUAUUAUGCCGAAAGUAAGAUACCAGUUAUGAUUGUUGGCACAAAAGGUGAUUUGGGUGAGAAUCGGCAGGAUUAUUUAUUACAACCUGUGGAAUUUUGUGAGAAAUAUAAAAUUCUACCACCGCAUAUAUUUACAUUGAAAAAUAAUAAAAAAGAGCUUUAUAUUAAGCUAGCAACUAUGGCUGCCUUCCCUCGUUUUCAAGCCGCUUGGAUAUUGUUUUACAAGCACAGGUUGGUACAGCUGUGGGAGUCAGCACAUCUUCGUCAGUUCGGUUUAGCAACAGAAGAUCCAACAGUAUGGUGGAAAGCAGGUAUUGGAAUUGCCGCAGCAACACUUCUUGGAUUCUUUAUGAUGAAAGCCUUCCAUGGUUCCGGACCACAUUCAAAAUAAGUUUAUUAUUUAAAUUAAAAAAAAAAACUUAAUCUUAGUCAUUCAACAAAACACACAAAAUAAAAUUAAAAAAAAAAAAUCAUAUUUUUAU